AUGUUGUGUCAAAAUCUGGAAGAUAUUGAAGACGACGCUUACGUUACAAUGAAACUAUUUUACUACGAUGAACGUACACCGAUCGAGUACCACCCGCCUGGAUUCGACUCUGCAGAGCAAGAAACGUUCGACUAUGAUUAUGAUGUCAAAAAUCCGGUUCCGGUCAAAGUGGGUACUGUAACAACUGGCUUCCAUUCGUGUAAACUGUCCGUUCAGUCAGUACUUUGUUCAAUUAACGAGGGCGAUGCCUGCAAUGGACAGAAACAAGUUCAAGAGCAGGUCGAUUCGCAACUGCCUACACCUUCUCAAGACACCGAAAACUGUGUUGACAAACCUACGAAUGAUGAGCGCGAUUUUGAGCCAAGUGACGUUGCUGAAGAAGUUGCGAAAGAUGAAGUCGAAUACGAAGUGACAAGUGAGAUUCCUGAUAUGCCUGCAAGUAAUCAAGACAAGGGCCAUCCAAAAGACGUUGCUGACAAGUCUGUAAGUGAGAACGAAGAGGGCGACGGAAAUAGCACUGCUCAAGAGGCUACGAACGAUGAUGACGAACACGUCGAAACUGAUAUUACUAACGAGACUAUGAGCGAAGAUGACGCGUCUAAUCGAGGUAAUACUGCAGUCGAAACUGCGGUUUCCAGUGCAAAGUACACAGGUACGUGAUC